AGAUAUCGUGGAUUAAAAUUCCAACGAUUCAAUAUGUAUAAUUACGACUCGUCAGAAAGCUACAAUGUUCAUAAUUCCGGAGGUGUGUGGCUCCAGACAUAGGAGGGCGCUGGCUCCCCCGUAACGGCCGUGGAAGUGACGCGCGUGCUUUGUGAGGCCGACGCAGACAUUUUAAAAUAAACAUUUAGCUAACGGCUCAAUGCUACACCACCACACAGCUCGCGAAUGGGCGAGCGCACUGCGCCAAAAAAAGACACUCACAUCGGCCCAGGUUUGUCAGUUUGUUACAAUUUAAUGAACGGCGCUUCGCGGGUCAACUUCGCGGGGGAACGAACCGACGAAGAUGUUGAGGAGUCUGGCUCCGGGAAAAGGAGCUCGUUAACACGGUGGUGAGUGCCUAUCAAGGCACCUUGGUCCACGUUUGUUGGACCAUAGGGCGUUUUGGUGUACUAGCAUGAAGAUGGCUGAUUCAGAGAAGGAAUUUGUUGAUGCAGAGUGUCCCUCCGAGCACCUAGACGAAGCGCAAUCAGCCACCACAUCGGUCCAUGAUGAACACUUAAAAACCGAGACCACCACGAGUACCAGUUCACCACCAAGGGAAAAGCAGGACGACAGCCCCUUGCACACGGAAGGCGAGCAGAGUCUCCUUUCCAUGCCAUGUUUGAUGAAGGAGCUCCGCAGAGACUCCCCCGAAUCCCAGCAGGCCUCCACGGGGAGUGAGAAACCGGCCUCUCGUCACAUUUAUGAAAGCGACUCGUCCAACCCCUGCAUGCUCUCCCCCUCGUCUAGCGGCCACCUGGCUGACUCGGACACGCUUUCCUCGGGGGCUGAAGGCGGCGGAGAGGAGGCGCAGACUAAAAUGGAAGCCGACCCCAGUAAGGAAGCCGAUCGGCAACCCAGCGGGAGAAAAUCCCGGCGGUCACGUUCGGAGAGCGAGGCGCCGCCCAACGCAAUGGCAGCGAAAAAGAACCGCUGCCAGCCUGUGAUGGCGGGAGCGAGCGGGCCAGAGAAGCAAAUCAACGGCAAGCAGGCAAAGGUGAAAGGCCACCGCAGCCAGAAACACAAGGAGCGCAUGCGUCUGCUGCGGCAGAAGCGCGAGGCAGCGGCGCGGAAGAAAUACAACCUGCUGCAGGACAGCAGCACCAGCGACAGCGAGCUCACGUGCGACUCCAGUACCAGCUCCUCAGACGACGACGAUGACAACACUUCCGGAGGCAGCAAGACAAUCAAGACGGAUAUUCCAGCUGGCUUCAGACGUGCGUCGGAGAGAUCCAGAGUGGGUGCCCACAUUCAUGGGCUGCUGGACAGCGGCGCGUGGGACAGGAACGGCAUCAGCAGCGUGCUCGAGGAGGCCAUGACACGCUUCGCCGUCAUGCAGCGCCAGACCGAAGAGCGCUUCCGCGUCUGGAUGGAAAAGCUUGCGCACCUCGACUCAGAUGACUCAUCCAAGCGGUCGAGCGACGCCCCUGAGGCGGGGCAACAGCAGCCUCCGCCAUCCCAGGGAGCACGCCCUUCACCCGCUAGUUCCUUCUUGCCAUCAUCCGAGUCCGCGGAGACGAUGGCCGCCUACAUUUUGGCGCGAGCGAACAACACCGCCGCCGCGCCUGUCGACAACAACAACAUUCUACCUGAAGCGGUCACUCAGAACGGAAAUCUUGGCGUUCCCGAUCCUGGUCUCUUGAAUGUUUAGAAGCCACUUCGAACCCUCAACGCACUCGCUUGGAAAUUAGUAUCAUGGCAGGACAACGCGCCUGGAUGACCAUGGGAUUACCUCCUGGCAUUGAAUCACUGUGAGACUUGAGAAUAUUUGCAAACGUUCACGGACGUCAUGCAUCCCGCCGUAGACUGCUGAGUCAGGGCAACGGUUAUUUUGGGUGGUGGUAAAUUGUGGCGAUCUGGGCUGCCAUGCAACUCUAAAUAAGCAAGUAAAACCUCAGAUGAACUGUUAAAAAAAGCCCCAAACAUUCAACCUACUGGCAAUGUUUCAAUUAUAUUUUUAUAAAAGUACCAUGUACCCCUUAUAGAAAUUGAAACGGUCCCCGAAAAAGGUUUUCCGCCCCACUGGGGGCAUGGCUUCCUGUAUGUUUUUUCCCUUUAACUGUACUCUCACACGAUGCUAUCAUUCUUACAAAAAUACAGCCGUACAGUGGUGCCUUGAGAUACGUGUACUUCGUUCCAUGACAAUGCUCAAAAGUCAAUUUACUCUUACUCACAUCUCUAGUCAUCUAUCUUUCCCCAUUUAAAUGAAUGGAAAUGCCAUUAAUCCAUCCAAGUUUUGUAAUGUUUUUUAAAUUAAAAAAGGGCACUAUAAUAUUAUACUUUAUAAAAAACAUACAAUAAUGACACAGCUCAAUAGAAUGUAAAGAAUUAAACGGUUUUUGCAUCAUGAUUAAUUAAUUGUGAUUGUACGGCUCCUGGUCUAUGCACCUUGGCCAUGUGGGGGCAGUAUAAUUCAGGCAUAUGAAUAUACAGGUACAUCUCAAUAAAUUAGAAUAGUGUCAAAGGCUAAAUUUACUUAGGUAGUUCAAUUAAAAAAGUGAAACCCAUAGAUGCACCACACACAGUGAAAUAUUUCAAAACAUUUUUGAAUAUAUAUGUAUAAUUUUGAUGAUUAUAGCUUACAACAAACAAAAGACCAGAUUUCACCAUCUCUAGAAACUAGAAUAUUGCAUAACAAUCAAUUGAGAAACAGUGAAAAUUAUGUGAAAUAUAUCAUGUAAAAGUUAGGCAGGAAUUUGCCUUAAGAGAUGGUCACAACUCCUCAGUCAGCUGCAGUAAUAAUCAUGUUUUGCAGAAGAUAAUGUAUAUGCCUGUGAGUGCUGUCAUAUUGUCUGCCUAUAUGUGUCGUGCCACCAUUUGUAUUUAAAUAUCCGUUGCUUGAUUUUAACACCGAUGCUAUUUGUUAGUCUACUAGUGAGGAUAAGCGGUAAAGAAAAUGAAUGGAUGGCGUUUUGCAUUGUUUUUUAGCAUCAAGGUAAGCAGACUUCCCGAAGGCAAAGCUAUGCUGCUUUAAAUACACGUGUAAUUAUUUUUGCUUUGUUUAGUUUGACUGUAAACUUCAACUGAGAGUGGCAUUAAAAGCUUGAAGGAUCCCUUUGAAAUUUUUUUCACUAUCUGCCAAACUGCUGCUUGUUGUAAAGUGAGUAGAGUUCACUGCCACCAUAUAGCGCUCCUUUCUCAAAUUUUUGCCCAAAAGUCAACGCAAAAAAUUGGCCGGAUGACACCCCCGUAUCUCUGUAACCUCGUUAGUUGGGUCACUUGUGCCUCAAGGCACCACUGUAAAACCUCAGAUGCACUGUUGCAAAACAUCCCAAAAAUUUUCAACCCAUUAAUGAUGUUUCAAUAAUUUAUUUUGGGUGUUGAAAUGGCCCCCGAUGGUUCCUGGCCCCUUUACGGGCAUGGCUUCCUAUACGUUUUCCUUUCUCCUCCAACUGUACUCUCACACUUGAGUCGAUCGUGCUAUUCUUACAAAAAUCCAGCCGACACAUACCGAUGCACAUGGGCAGGGAGGAACAGCAGCAGAAUAGCAUCGUGCCUUGUCAUUCAGCAGUCAUGCUGGCCAUAGUGUUCAUUUAUGACUCCAAAUAACGUUUACAGUGUGCAUGUACAUCUCGUGACGGCCUUUAUUCAGGCGACUGAGCUUUACUAACCUCCACAAAUGGAUUUACACACUCUAGUAUAAACUGUACGUAAUCACACUAAAUGCAGGAUGGUUUGUCUUUUAAACAGUACUUUUGCUUAAAUAGACUAGAAGUGUUUACAUUUUUGCUUUUUUGGGGGGGUCACAGUCACUGCUACUACUGCCUUUUGUGCAGUAACUAAAAAGAGAGGAGAGAGAAAGCACAUUUUAUUUUAGAUCUAUAUAUAUAUAUAUAUAUAUAUAUAUAUAUAUAUAUAUAUAUACACACACGUGUAUGUAUAUAUUUUUUUCAUUUGUUAGACUGCGUCAAAUGCCUCAAAUUUUGCCGUUUUUAAACAUUUUAUUUGCACUGUUUCUGCCAGUUGGGUCUUUGUUGCCAAAAGGGACACAAUGUGACUGAAAUGAAAGUGACCUUUUAUUUUUAACUGAAACAGAGUACAUAUGUACAUAUUAGUGCCAUACUAAAUAAAAUAUAAUUAUAAUGAAAAAAUAGCUGGGUUACAAAAUAAAGGUGUAAUAUUGGGAAUAUAACAUUGUGAUUUUACCAAGAUAGUUGUAAUAUUACAAGAAAACCUUUUUUGUUGUUGUCAAAACGACAGUUAUGAGUUAUGAGUCAGUCACAAUAUUAUGAGAAUGAAGUCAUAAUUUUGAUUGACCAAAACAGCUAUACAUUUACGUUCAUUACAAAUUACAAUUCCAUUUACUUCAAUUUUUUCUCUCGUAAUAUUAAAAUUGCGACCUUUUCUCUACUACUAUCUUAUAAUGUUAUGACUUUUUUCCCAGUAUUACUUUCUAAUACCCUUUUCUUUGAAUAUUACUACUAUUUUCUGAUAAAUACUUUUACGUUUAAACCUUUACGUAAUAUGGCUUGAAUUAAAAUCCGUCACUUGUUGUUGUUGUAUUAGAAAUGUAGUCUGCAAAAUUACAAUAUGUUAAAUUAUUACUUGUAAUAAUACUACCCUUUUUCUCGCCAAUUCUCACUCGCUAUAUGAAAUAUUCUUCUUGCAACAUUAUUCAAUUCACUCACAAUAUGAAAUUUUUUUAAUAUUACUUUUUCUGACAAUAUCACUAAUAUUGUGUACAAUUGUGACUAGUCACUUUCUUGGUUUUUGUGUCGCAAAAUUACAAUGUUUUCUAGCAUCUUUAUGACUUUCAAAAGUACAGCUGCUUUCUCGCUGCUUUUUUUCUGUAAUAUUGUAAUAUGAACACGUAAGUCUUGAUUACAUCCUGUUUUCUCCCCCACAAUACUGACAUUUUCUUUUUUGAAUAUUACAACUUUAUUCUUGUACUUUCGGUGUAUGACUUCAUUCUCAUAGUAUAUUUUUUGUUUGUUUGUUUGUUUGUUUUCAGCAUGGCCCUAAUACUCCUUGUUGCAUACCAGCAGCAGGACAGAGCAUGACAAUGUUUACCGCCCCCUUAAAAUUAAUCUGGGAGAAAUGUUUAUCCCCAAGACUGGUGACAUGGUGCGACAGUUUAAAGCAGCUCCCCGCCCUUUACCCAUUAAUGAAGGAAUCAUAUUUAUAGCUUGGAUACUAACAUGUAUUCUGUGUACGUGACGCGUACCCCCGAGAGUUGCAUGCGUGUGCUAUUUGUGUGUAGAAUGUGAAAUGCAGAGUUCCCACCAAGAAGCGUGCCAUCUUUAGGAUUGCUUCUAGCGCUAACGUGGGCUGACUGACGCGUCAGCGUUAUACUUUUAUUUUUCUUUCAGAAUGUGUGCAUUGUGUGUGUUUUCUCUUGUGUGUCCAUUUGAAAAACCACUAAGGACAUUUUGUUGUCGUCCAAAGAGACGAUUCCAGUUUACACAUUUUUCUCUUUUCCUCACCUGGCCUUUUACUUGACGAUUUUUGCUUUCUCUGGUAAUACCACAACCUGCUAGUUGAAGCUAUUCGGAGGCCUUUCAAAAAAACAAAAGCAAAAACAACAACAAAAACACACACGAGUAAGCAUAGCAGCAGGGUGUGCGUGUGUUUGUGUCCAAUUUCCAGGGAAGAACAAAUGUUCCCUGCUUGUUUUGUUUGGCUUUUAUCCAGCUGCCGUUUUGGUUUUCAUCUGGAAAAACAAUUCUUUGGAUGUGUUUUGUAUCUAGUGUAUUCUAUUCUAGUUUUUAUGUGAAUGGCUGUUAUUUCGACAGAAAAUAAAUGCAAACAAAACCAAAAAAAAAGUCUCGUCAAAGGUGUGUUAUUGCAUGCUAGCACUACAACUCCACAUUUCAGUGAACGCCUCUUUCAUACAGACACAACACAAAAUUGCAUUUACAAAGGGUCAGCAUUUAUCCACAUUUUCCUUUUAAACAGAACUCAACAAAGCGGUAUUUUUUUUCUCACCUCAUGCGCUUUCACACAGCAACAUAGCAUCUUGCCAUCUGAUACAGUCAGAUCUAUCGAUAUUGGGGCAUCGACACAAUUCUCAUCGUUUUGGCUCAACACACCACUGUGAUAAGUUUAAAAUGAAUUGAACAAGAUGUCGGAACGGUGUACGACUGGUUAGCACAUCUGCCUCACAGUUCCGGAGACCGGGGUUCAAAUCCCAGCCCCGCCUGUGUGGAGUUUGCAUGUUCUCCCCUGUGCCUGGGUGGGUUUUCUCCAGGCACUCCGGUUUCCUCCCACAUCCCAAAAACAUGUAUUAAUUGGAGACUCUAAA